AUGGACCGCUUUGUGUGGACCAGCGGCCUCCUGGAGAUCAACAAGACCCUGGUGAUCCAGCAGCGCGGGGUGCGAAUCUACGACGGCGAGGAGAAGAUAAAAUUUGAUGCUGGAACCCUCCUUCUUAGUACCCACCGACUGAUUUGGAGAGAUCAGAAAAAUCAUGAGUGCUGCAUGACCGUUCCUCUGUCCCACAUUGUAUUCAUUGAGGAACAGGCAGCUGGAAUUGGGAAAAGUGCCAAAAUAGUGGCUCAUCCAACCAAAGAACCUGGCCCAUUCCAGAGUAGUAAAAACUCCUACAUCAAACUCUCCUUCAAAGAACAUGGCCAGAUUGAGUUUUACAGGCGUUUAUCAGAGGAAAUGACCCAGAGAAGAUGGGAGAAUAUACCAGUUUCUCAGUCGAUACAAACAAAUAGAGGACCCCAGCCAGGAAGAGUAAAAGCUGUAGGAAUUGUAGGUAUUGAAAGGAAACUGGAAGAAAAAAGAAAAGAAACUGACAAAAACAUUUCUGAGGUCUUUGAAGACCUUAGCAAGCUAAUGAUCAAGGCUAAAGAAAUGGUGGAGUUAUCAAAAUCAAUUGCUAAUAAAAUUAAAGAGAAGCAGGGUGACAUCACAGAAGAUGAGACCAUCAUUAAGUCCUACUUGUUGAGCAUGGGAAUAGUUAACCCAGUCACCAGGGAAACCUACGACUCAGGAACACAGUACCACAUGCAGCUGGCUAAACAGCUGGCUGGAAUAUUGCAGGUGCCUUUAGAGUUGCUCUCACCAGAAGAUUUAGUGAAUGCAUGCAAGAUGCUGGAAGCACUGAAAUUACCUCUCAGGCUCCAGGUUUUUGACAGUGGUGUCAUGGUAAUUGACCUUCAGUCCCACAAGGAAGAGGAAAUGGUGGCCUCGGCCCUGGAGACAGUUUCAGAAAAAGGAUCCCUAACAUCAGAAGAGUUUGCUAAGCUCGUGGGAAUGUCUGUCCUUCUGGCCAAAGAGAGGUUGCUGCUUGCAGAGAAGAUGGGUCAUCUUUGCCGAGAUGACUCAGUAGAAGGCUUGCGGUUUUACCCAAAUUUAUUUAUGACACAGAGCUAAAGGUUUUGUAUUUGAAAUACUUUCUGUCCAUACUUAUAUCUGGUAGACUGUAUGACACUGAGCUAAGAGAUAAACCCCGAUAAACUGAAAAUUUAUUAGAAUGAUAAAAAUCUUUUAAUCUCUCCCUAAAUAUUAUGGUUCUGGAAACUUAUUUAGGAUACAUAAAGGAAAAUACAGAAAAUGAAUGCUAAUAUGAAUU